AUGGGGGACUAUACACCCUCCGCUGUGGCUAAUGAUGUUACCAUGCAAGGCAGCGGUGUCUACAGCUCUCAUUCUGAUCUUCAGCAUGAAGUUAUGCUUCAGGCUUUACCUUUGAUCGAAAAGGCCGCAAAGGAAAUUGAAGAUCGGGGAGCUGGUCAAGUCUUGACAGUUGCAGAAUAUGGGGCAGCCCAAGGCGCAAACUCGAUAAAACCACUGGAAACAAUCACCAAAUCUAUUCCACCAGAGAACCUUCAAAUCAUGCUCAACGACAAAGCAAACAAUGAUUUUAACACCCUCUCCUCAACAAUCACCGAAUGGACCAACAAUUUCAGCAAACAGCCCUUCAUCAACAUGAUCCCAGGGAAUUUCUAUGAUCAAAUUCUCCCAUCACAAACCGUCGACAUUGGCUUCUCCCUAGCAUGCAUUCAACACCUAAGCACCACCCGGCCAAUGAUGGACGAGAAUCUCCAACGAAUCCCCGAUGCAGACAAAAUACUGCAAGAGCAGUCACACAAAGACCUACUCCAAUUCCUCCAUCUUCGAGCAAUAGAGACUAAACCCGGGGGCACGCUGGUCCUCUCUUUCCCGAAUAAAUCAGCCUCCGGGUCAUCGGAUCUAGUUGGGCCCGUUUCUUCGAUCUUCGGUGCAUUAAAGCUUAUGCUUGUUGAAGGGAAAGUGUCGAAAGAUGUUCUUUCCUCGUUGAAUGAGCCGCUUUAUAACCGGAGCAUUGAAGAUGUGCAAUCUUCGUUGAGUGAAGUGGAGGAGUUCUGGACUAUACGAGAGUGUUUCGAAAAUCAAGUGGUGCAUCCGGCGUAUGUGGAGCUGCAGAGGGCGACGAGUAAGGAGGGUCGGGUGGAUGACGAGGCGGCUUGGAAGUAUACGCAUGCUAUUAUUGAUUGGGUCACGGCUGUGAUUUCUGGUUACCUUCUCAAGGCUUUGAGGGAUGGAGAUCCGGAGAAUUACUCGGAAGAGAAAAGUGGUGAGCUUGUGUCGGAGUGGAUCUUGAGGACGAAGGAGUUUUACUUUGCGCAUUUCAGGGGUGAAGAAGUUUCUAUGUCGUUUAUUCAUGUCUGGUUGCAGAGGAGAUGA